CACGUUUUAAGACCAGAAGGAAAAGCCUGAGUAUAUAUAUGCCAAAAAAGAGACCGCAAUAUUCAUAAUCAGAUGGAGAGAAAGUUGUGUUCUUUAGCUUUCAUUUGGUGUGUCUUGUUGGUUAAUCCACUAUGGCUGAUUGCUGCUAACAAGGAAGGUGAUGUUUUACAUAGGCUGAGGAAAAAUUUGAAGGAUCCUUACAAUGUUCUGCAAAGUUGGGACCCUAAACUUGCCAAUCCAUGCACAUGGUUUCAUGUAACAUGCAACGGUGAUAAUAGUGUCGUAAGAGUUGAUCUAGGAGAUGCUGCUUUGUCUGGUCGACUUGUUCCCCAGCUUGGUCAACUCAAGAAUUUGCAGUAUUUGGAACUUUUCAACAAUAGCAUAAGAGGCCCUAUUCCAAGUGACCUGGGGAAACUUACUAACCUGGUAAGCUUGGAUUUGUACCUAAACCGUUUCUCUGGCCCUAUCCCAGAUUCAUUGGGCAAGUUGUCAAAGUUGCGUUUCCUCCGGCUUAACAACAAUAGACUGAGUGGUCAUAUUCCCAUGAUUCUGACAAAUAUUGAUACUCUCCAAGUUCUGGAUUUGUCUAAUAACCGUCUCUCAGGAUUGGUUCCCAAUAAUGGUUCCUUCGCAUUAUUCACUCCUAUAAGUUUUGCAAACAACUUGGAUCUGUGUGGACCAGUCACUGGGAACCCUUGCCCAGGCUCUCCCCCAUUUUCUCCUCCUCCUCCUCCUCCAUGUGUCCCUCCGCCGCCAAUUUAUGGAGUUUAGUUAAGGGUGUGACUAUGAUGUUUUAAGCUAGUUCUUCCAGCUCUAUGUGAGGCAGUUUCUGUCAUUUUACAUAGGCAUAUGCUUGUUUUCCUUUAAUUCUGUUGAUUGUCUUGUUAUUUUUAUUGGCCCAUUUGGAAUAAAGAAUCAUAAGUCAGUUCUUAA